AACGUUCGUUCUUUUCAACUCCCAUCUCAAAAGUUUUAAUUUUUCUUCUAGGAAUUUCCCUUUUUUUGAAUGAUCAAAUUAUCAAAAAUCUCAUAUUUUCUGGGUUUCAAUUACCCAGAUUUUAUUCUCCUUCUUUUCACCCCAAUUUCAGUUAAUUUGAACUGAAAUUCAUUUUUUUUUUAUUGAUCAGGGGCAUUACUCCGAACGAGCCGCCGCCGCGGUUUGUAGGCAGAUUGUUAAGGUUUCGGGUUGUCGGUAUUUAUAGAAGAAGGUUGAUUUAUUAUCCUCUUUGUAAUCAUUGCUUUAACUUAAUUCGUGUGCACAUUGUGUUUGUUUAUACAUUGGCAUUUUCAUACUAUUCUUUGUUCUAUAUUGCUGCUUUUUUUUUUUUUUUUGAAUGUGUAUACACCUUGAAUUCCUUUCCCACCUAAAAGAAGUUAAAGCAAAGGUAAUGGAAAGGAGACACUAUGUUUUCUAUUUCAUCAUCACGUUUUUUUGUAUUGAUGUCUUUUGGUCUGUUGACUGUUUUGUUAUUUUUUUCGAAAAUGCUUAUGAAAUUCUUAGUAAAAUGAACUAAUUACUCUUCUUUUUCGGAAUUUUGUUGCGAUUCACGAACUUCAUCUCGAAUGUCAGACAUUUUUAGAAGUUUUGAUGCAAUUUGAACUAAAUUUGAAGUGAUUUUCAUGCGAGUGUUUGGGUUUGAUGAGAGAGAAUUUCAGGAAAUUUCUUGAAUUGAAGCUUUUGAUUAUUUUUUAUAUAUAUAUAUAUAUAUGGGAGGAAUGAGCGGUUAUUUGCAUUUACCGUGGUUAGUGGCUGGUAACUGGAGGUAACUGCUUGGUUAGUGGGGUAUUGGGCUGUGGGUUUACCGUGGUUAGUUGAUGGUAACUGCAUGUAUAAUUAAAGGGCUUUGGGUAAGGGUUUUAUUGUAAUUUUGAAAGGGGAAGUAGCCAAGUAGGUAUUAACGCCUAAAGGGGUGUAGCCGUGUAGUCAUUAGGAAUCACCUAGACUCAGCCCGCACUUUUUAAACGGGUUUGGGUAGGACACUUUAUACAAGUAUACAAGCCUGGCUCAUUUGAUCACCUUUACUGCUCCACAUCAACCACGUUAAUUGCAUCACAUUCCAAAAGCACAUGAUGCUGAAUAUAAUUUCUUCACCCAAAAUUUCAAAGGAAUUGAGUUGAACAUUUCUGGAAUUCAGUACAAUAAACCCUAGUAUAAAUUCGGAUUCGGAUAUGCCGUGUACUACUAGUAUCUUACAUGACAAUACUGAUAGUAAAAGGCUACUACGAGUAGUUGAUAGGUUGAGCAAUAUACCUGAUGAAGUGUUGAUUCGGAUAAUGUCUUUGCUUCCGACUAAGGAUGUUGCUGCUACUUGUGUCUUGUCUAAGAAACUGAUGCGCGUCUUGUGUUUGAUCACCGCCUUAGACAUAGACGAUUCACCUAUAUCUCAUUGUGUGCAUUUUCCCAAUGAAAUUCACAAGUUCCCCUCUUUUGUGACCUUUGUCAAUAAUGUUCUCCAAGCACACCGAUCUCAAUAUCUCACCAGGUUUAGGCUUGGAGUGGGUUCAGACAUGAUCAGAAGAUAUUUUUAUAGGUGUAUAAAGCAUUGUUUACCUGAUGUAAAACCCGUGCUCAUUUGUUCGUGGAUCUCUCUCCCCUUAACAUGUUGUGGCCUUAAGGAGCUCGACCUUUGCAUUCACGUGAGAGAACCAGAUGAUGGUCAUCCGUUGCCCCCAGAGAUAUUCACUUGUCAAACAUUGGAGGUGUUGAAGCUUGAUGUCAAUCUCCCUGUUGAUCGAGUUUCCACCACUUUUCAUCUACCACUAUUGAAACUGCUCCACCUCCGCGUGUCUCAUAUAUAUGGGGAUGGUAGCUUUGUGUCAAGCCUGGUUUCUUCUUGCCCCUUACUUGAAGACCUCAUGGUGGAAGCAUUGCUGGACCAUGUCCAAUCUAUUAUUAUCUCUUCACCUUCUCUUCGGAUUUUUUUGUUAAAAAUAUAUACUGUUGAGUGUGAUAACACUGACUUUUUGUGUCUUGAUACUCCUAAUUUGGAGUAUCUUCAUUACAAUUCUAAUUUAGCAGUACAGCAAUCUAUUACAAACAUGGAUCGUUUGAUUCAAGCAAGCAUUAAUAUUGGUGACUUGAUAAGGAGUGCACAUUCAUAUCAGGAUUGCCGUCAACAAAUACUAGGCAUCAUGAGGUGCUUGACCAAUGUUGACAAUUUGAAAUUGCUCGGGUCAUGCUUAAAGGAUCAACUGCCCAUGUUUCGCAAUCUGAAAUAUUUAGAGCUGGGUAAUAGAGGAUACAACUGUUGGGAAAGGGUGCUGGAAGCAUUUCUUAUCUGUUCCCCCGUCUUAGAAACGCUUGUUUUUCCACAGUUACUUAUAGAAUAUGCUGCAAAGCAGAUGGUGCAUUUGGAACAACAGUUUUGCAAGAGAGGUCUAGCAAUCGUUCCUCCGUGCUGCAAGUUUCAUCUCAGAAGAAUCGUGAUUAAGAAUUGCUAUGGGAAUGAACGAGAAAUUGGUUUGAUCCAGUUUCUGCUGAAACAUGCAUUAGUUUUGGAGGAAUUGCUCAUAUCUCAAUUCGAGGGCCUUUAUCCACAUUUUCCAAUUGUAGAUAAGGUGGAACUCCAAAGGACAUUACAGAAUUUACCAAGGGCCUCACUCACCUGCUCAAUUCAAGUAUUGUGAUCUGAUCAUUCAUUCCGAUAUAAAACCAAGCAGCUAGCAUAUUCUCCUUAACGAUGACAUGGUUGCUCAUGUUGGGGACUUUGGCUUAGCAAGGUUUCAUUUUCAUGUACCACAAAAUAAUAGUAGCUCAAUUGCAGGUAGUUAUAGGAACAAUUGGGUAUGCAGAUCGAAGAUGCAAUCGGAGAGUUGAUAGUAACAAACUAACAACUAACAAGGGAUGUUCUCCUUAACGAACUACAUAUAAUCCGUGCUAUUCACCUAUUAACCAAAACAAGCUAAAAUGAUAGUAGCUGCUAACAUCGAUCUACUUUACAUGAAUGAGAGGUUUAUCCUCUUAUUAACCAAAACGAGCUAAAAUGAUAGUAGUACAAUUAUAGAAACCAAUUUUUUAGGGCUUUAACCACCCACUUAUAUAUUUGAUUGAAUCGAUUAUUUGACAUAUUCACAUGGUAUUAGAGUUAGUGAUUUAAUGAGACGAGGUUUAACUCUAAUUAUUAGUUAGUUAGAAUCGAUCUUUUAGUUAAUUAGGAAAUUGAGAUUUGAAUUAAUUUACGCAUGCUGGUAAAAUACAAUUAUAUUGAUCUUAUUCUAUAUGUUUGCUACAUAGAAACAAGGACCAUAUAAACAUGCAUAAUUAGAAUAUCUAGAUAUGUAUGAGUAAAUUGGGCUCUAUAUCUACUUGAACAAUAUAUAGGUUAGUUUUGGCUAGGUUGAAUGUAUUGAGUUUGAUAUAAUAUACUUCGUACUAAUUAAUAUUGUGUUUUAUGUUUUAUUAUGUGCAUGUAUCCACGAGUUUAAAAGCUAUUUUUUUUUUAAAAAAAAUGUAUAGACUAAUAUAAGCAAAACUUUUGACUAUUCUAGUUGAGUAGUCGACUAAUUGCACAAGAGGU